AUGCUCGCGCGCAUCGCCCGCAGCAAUGGCGCGUCGUCCCUGUCCGUGUUACGCGUCGUGCGGCCGUGGGACCGGCCGCGAGUGAUGGCCGGCGGAGGGCCACGUUCGUCUUGCGCCUCGACCUCCCUCUUGUCACCCACCACCGAGGCGCUGUUUAAGCAGCUCGCUCGCUCCUCGUCGACUUCCUCCCCCGCUCGCGCCGCCUAUCCCGCCCUAUCCGCCGCCAUCGCCUUGUCCCCGCCGCCCACCCGCCCGCCAAUCGCCCCCAAUUGCCCGCGCUGCUGCUCCUCCCUCGCCGCCCGUCCUCCCAGCGUGCGCCGCCUCCGGAAGCUGAAUCCUGCCAUGAGCGCAACCCAGACCCGCGAGCACAUGGGCCACAGCCACGGCCACGGCCACGGCCACCAUCACCACGGCACCGAUCCUGCCUUGCUGCUGAGCAGCGACAAGAAUGAUGCCGCCGUCCGCAUCACCCGCCUCGGCCUGUUGCUCAAUGUCGUUCUCGCCGUGGGCAAGGGCUUCGCUGGCUACUACUGGAACAGCAAGAUGCUCAUCGGCGACGCCUUCCACUCGCUUUCGGACAUGGUCUCGGAUUUGAUGACAUUGCUGACGGUCAAGUGGGCCCUGCAGCCGCCGUCUGAGCGGUACCCCACGGGCUUCGGCAAGAUCGAGUGCCUGGGCAGUUUGGGCGUCUCCUCGAUUUUGCUGCUGGGCGGUUUGGGCAUUGGCUGGAGCGCCGUGCUCUCCCUCAGCCAGAUGUUCGCGCCUGAAGUUGCCGAGGCACUGGCCCAUUUCGACUUUCUCGGUCUUGGCCAUGGCCACGGCCAUGAUCACGGCGAUCACGGACACGGCCAUAGCCAUAGCGCCGUUGAUAUGGCGGCUGCUGUGCCGCAUCUGAACGCUGCGUGGCUGCUGUUUGCCUCUGCGGGCUUGAAAGAGUGGUUGGUUUAUGCGACCCGUAAGGUUGCCCGCGAAAGGAAGUCCAGCGUGCUCUUCUCGAACGCGAUGCACCACCGUAUCGACUCCUUCACGGCCAUCCUGACGGCCGCUAUCAUCAUGGCGUCCAACUUCGCGACCAACGCCGCCUGGCUCGACCCCGUCGGCUCGCUGAUCAUCACCGGCAUGGUCGUCAAGGCCGGCUACGAAAACCUGUUCCAGGCCUUCAGCGAGCUCAUCGACGUUUCCAUCGACGACGAAAUGAAGUCCUCGGUCCGCCGCGCGACUUCCAAGGCCCUCACCGACGCCGGCUUGGCGUCCUCCUCGCCAAACGGCGUCGUGGAGAUCCGCAGCGUCGGAGGCCUCAAGUCCGGCCCCAACUACCUGCUCGAGCUCGAGCUGGCUGUGCCCAGCACCUGGACCGUCGACCAGCUGUCCGGCGUCGAGCAGCUCGUGCGCGCACGCAUCGGCGCCAAGGUGCGCGGUGCGAAGCGCGUCAAGGUCAGGUUCGUGUCGGCGGAGGUGGAGCGCGAGGGCCCGGACUUUUUGGACGAGUUCAUUCCGAGCGACGUUAGUGCGAAGAGCAGCCCCGGUGAUCAUGAGCAUGAGCAUGAUCACGAGCACGAGCAUCAUAUUCACGAGCACAAGCAUGAGAAUAAGGCGAAUGGUGGCGUUACGAAGAGGAGAUGA